AUGGGACUCGGUAUCCUGGAAGACAAGGUCCUUGACCAUGUUCCUGGGACAACGCGAUACUUUGAUAAUCCGGACAUACCGCAAACAGCUGCUACGGUGGAUGCGAGGGGAUUGAAAUGCGACAGAAGCGGUCCUAUUCCUAUCAUACUGCACCCGCAACCCUCCGACGACCCAAACGAUCCCCUGAACUGGCCAUUAUGGAGGCGCGACCUUAUCACGUUCAUCCUCUCAGUAACAGCCAUUUUUGCGACAGCGCUGGGUCCGAUAUUAGCGGCUAAUACUCUCACGCUGUCUUUCUACUUCACAUUGGACUUCACAUGGAUUGCCAUCCUAACCGGGUAUUUCCUGCUUGGAGUUGGCUUCGCCGGCAUGUUCUUUGUCCCAUCAAGCAGGAUCUGGGGCAAGAGGCAUGCCUUUUUAUUCGGCGCCGUGCUAGUUAUAGCAUCUAGUGCUUGGGCAGGUGCAGUUGGGAGGAGGAAGGAUUAUACAAGUCUGCUUUGGUCCAGAAUCAUCCAAGGGGUGGGCACAGCACCUUUUGAGUCGCUUAUCAAUGCUGCCGUGGGAGAUUUGUACUUUGUGCAUCAACGAGGUGCGCGCAUGGCCUUCACCAACUUGGCAGUGUUUGGCGGUGCCUUCUUUACCCCUAUUGUCGUGGGGAAAAUCACCCACACGAUUGGUUGGUGGUGGACCUUCUAUCUGGUCUCCAUCUUCAGCGCUGUGUGCCUCUUCGCCAUCAUCUUCUGCUGUCCCGAAACAGCCUUCAGGCGUGAUGUAGCCCUGAACACGGAUACUACAGCAUCUGGGGGCCAGGAGCUUCACAACCAGCCCACCAAGGAAACAAAGGGCACUCCAAAGAAUAUGGCUACCAUCAGUAGAGCCAAGAAAACAUACUGGCAAUCGCUGGCUCCGUUUGAUGGUCGAAAGACCGACGAGAACUUCCUCAAGCUGCUCUUCCGGCCGUUCCCACUUUUCUUCCAGCCGGCGUUCCUGUGGGCUUGCUUGAUACAAGGCGCAUUGAUCGGUUGGACGGUCUUUAUUGGCGUCGUUCUUGCAGCCAUAUUCUUGGGACCACCGCUAUUUUGGGACGAGGUCGCGACUGGUUAUGCUUAUGUCGGGCCGUUCAUUGGUGCUCUACUCGGUUUCUUGAUAGCCGGAUUCCUCUCAGAUUGGAGCGCCAAGUACCUGACGAAACGCAACGGCGGUGUCUACGAGCCAGAGUUCCGAAUACUCCUUGUGAUUCCACAGCUCAUCUUCGGGUGCAUGGGCCUGUACGGCUUUGCCAUUACAAGUGAAGGCACGCUGGCAGGCGAGUAUCAUUGGGCUGUGCCUAUCAUGUUUUUCGGGUUCGAGGUCUGUGGUAUGGUCAUUGGAGCCGUGGCUAGCUCUCUGUACAUCGUUGAUGCUUACCGCGACCUAGCAGUCGAAGGUUUUACAUGCUUAAUCAUUUUCAAGAACAUGUUUAGCUUCGCGCUCACGUUCAAAGCAUAUGGCUGGCUCGUCCAUGGAGGUAUUAAGAAAACAUUUCUGAUCCUCGCUUCAGUGCAGCUCGUGAUUUGCUUACUGAGCAUUCCAAUGUACAUAUUUGGCAAGAGGAACCGCAGUUUUUUCCACCGGCAUGAUUUACUCAAGCUGACCGGCCUGAGAUAG